AUGACAAACUCCACCCAGCAGCCCAACAACAGAGACCUUCCACGCGCAAUCACCGACUCGUCUCUCCCGACUCGCCGCCGCCAUGACCCUCCUUCGCCCCAGGACCCCGGCCCCUACGAUCAAGCCGGUUGCUCCUCUCGACGGAGCUCGUCCAAGCGUGCAUCUUCCUCCAAGCGUGGAUCCUCUUCCAAGCGCGGCUCAUCCAAAGGCGCUUCCUCGCACGGCGGAUCGUCGAGGCCGUCGGCGGCCCAGCUCGAAGACCACCAGAAUCGCUCGAGCCCCUCGGAUCCCGAUCCGUAUGCCCAUCAGGUAUACAGCGACGGUCUCCUGCCCACCCUUGCGAAGCUGCGCAAGGCGGAGGAGAGGGACGACCGCAGGAACUCGCGCAUAGAACAGGGCGGGCGCCUACUCUUCGAGUGUAGGUCUCGGCCCCGUCCCGUCCCGUCCCGUCCCGUCCCGUCCCAUCAUCCCGCGCCACCUACUGACCCAUGGCCUUCUCUCAUACCACAGCGCAACGCAGCCCGGUUCGUGUGCCAUGCGUGCAACAGAGUGCAGACCCCUGAAUGGCGGCCAGGACCCGAUGGGCCCGGCACGCUUUGUAACGUCUGCGGGUUGGUGUACGCCAGUCGUAAGCGGAACAACAAAUCGUUGGCGGGUUUCUCCAGCCUGGAUCGCCGAAAGGACGGCAAAACCGGUGGCUGA